UGCGCGUACACUUAAAGAUUGUUUCUGUCUCUGUUCCUCUCCCUGUUUCUUUCUCUCUCUCUUUCUCGGUCUAUCUCUUUCUAUCUCUUUUUAACUCGUUUUUCCUUCAGUUCAGAACGAUGGCGGCGAGCAAUAGUGUGGCGUACAGUUUGUUAGGGGAUCUGCGAGUGUCCGUGCUAGAGCGUUAACUCGCUCUUAACCACAAAUUCGCAGAUCCGACUUGGACACGAAGUCGAACAGUCGAACACGAAGGAACUGCAACUCUACGCGUUGUUAGAAAACUCGUUGCUACCUAAGAGAGACGAACGAGAUAUAACCUACAAUUUUUUCUCGAGAUUUUUUUAAACGGGAAAACAAACAAAAAAGAAAGAAAAAAAACGAACGAACAAAAAAAUACGAUUAUUCGAGAGUAAUAAAGUUAAAAAUGAAUUUCUCUCAUGCAGCUCAUAUGUCUCAUGAAAAUAUGGAUCAUGGGAGUAUGAGCCACGCUGGUAUGGAUCAUGCAAAUAUGGACCAUGCAAAUAUGAAUCAUGCUGGUAUGGAUCACAUGGCUAGCGGUCAUAUGCACAGCUCAGCAGCUGCUACGGGUGGUUGCAGUAAUAUGGGAAUGCAUGGUAUGUCGAUGGCUUUUCAUGGCGGCUACUGCGAGACUGUACUAUUUGAAUCUUGGAAAAUAACGUCGAUCGGUAGUCUCAUCGGUUCCAUGAUUGGUAUAAUAAUUAUGGCUACCCUUUACGAGGGUUUAAAGUAUUACCGGGAAUAUCUUUUCUGGAAGACAUAUAGUUCCUUACAAUACAGAAGCGUUACGAUGCCUCAAGAGAAGAAUGUUGUCGCUGAAGAUAAUAGAGUUGUCCACUUGUCCAUUUUGCCCUUUCUAGUAUGGUUGGUGAGGUAAUCCAUAAACGGCCGCCCACAAUGCUGUCAUGGAUGCAUUGUUUCCAAACGUUCCUGCAUAUCAUACAAGUCAUCCUUUCUUACUUUUUAAUGCUGAUCUUCAUGACAUUCAACACCUGGCUCUGUUUCGCAGUAGUUUUUGGUGCUACCCUUGGUUACUUC